UCUCCUCACUAUUUCUAGCUGCUCCUCCCUCCUCGAGCUUAAACAAAAUUAUUAUCUCCUCACCAUUUCUAGCCACUCCUCACUCCUUGAGCUUAAACAAAGAGACAUGGGUGCCUUCUCUUUCAUUUCUUCACUUUUGAUCUCAACAUUGUUGGUGCAUUUAUGUUUGUACCAUUGUAAGGUUGAAGCCUUCGAGAUAAUCAUAGGUGGAGGAGGAGGUGCCAGCCCUCCUGUUCCUUCCCCCAAAUACCAAGACUGUCCUCCUCCCCCUCCCCCUCCAUGCCCACCGCCGCCUCCACCACCGUCGCCUCCAUCACCACAGCCUUCACCACCGCCGCCUCCAUCACCACAGCCUUCACCACCGCCGCCUCCAUCACCACCGCCGCCACCAUCACCACAGACUCCAUCACCGCCGCCUCCAUCACCACAGCCUUCACCACCGCCGCCUCCAUCACCACAGCCUUUCCACCACCGCCUCCAUCAUCACCACAGCCUUCACCACCACCGCCUCCAUCACCAAAACCUUCACCACCGCCGCCUCCAUCACCACAAACUUCACCACCGCCGCCUCCAUCAUCACCACAGCCUUCACCACCACCGCCUCCAUCACCAAAACCUUCACCACCGCCGCCUCCAUCACCACAGACUUCACCACCGCCGCCUCCAUCACCACAGCCUUCACCACCACCGCCUCCAUCAUCACCACAGCCUUCACCACCACCGCCUCCAUCACCAAAACCUUCACCACCGCCGCCUCCAUCAUCACCACAGCCUUCACCACCACCGCCUCCAUCACCAAAACCUUCACCACCGCCGCCUCCAUCACCACAGACUUCACCACCGCCGCCUCCAUCACCACCGCCUCCAUCACCACAUCAUUCACCACCGCCACCUGCUCCCCCUCCCCCUCCAAGCCCACAGCCAGUGCUGCCACCACCGCCGCCUCCAUCACCACAGCCUUCACCGCCACCACCUUCCCCCUACCCCUUCGACAGCGACCGAAUUAAAAUUGCCUACUAUGUGAUUAAGAAGUUCGUAGCCAAAAUCAAGUCCGACCCAAAGGGCUUCGCAAAGACAUGGCGAGGUGCGGAAGUUUGCAACUACAAGGGCUUUGUCUGCGCCGUUCAUCCUGUCUACAAGAAGAAAGCAGUCUCCGGUUUAGACAUCAACGGGGCUAUGUUCGAAGGUUUCAACAAUAAACUUCCACUCCGUGGCUUCCUUGACGAGUUACCAGACUUGGUGUUUUAUCAUGCAAACUCCAACAACUUCACAGGCUCAGUCCCGGUAAACCCUGCCAUGCUUCGAUACUUCUACGAGCUCGAUCUCAGCAACAACAAGCUAACUGGAAGGUUUCCGUACGAAGUUUUAAGAGCAAAAAAUUUGACAUUUUUGGACCUCCGGUUCAACUUCUUUACCGGUCCUGUCCCAGCCCAAGUCUUCGACCUAGGAGUUGAUGUGCUCUUCCUCAACAACAACAAUUUCACUAAGCAGAUCCCUGACAAUCUUGGCUCCUCACCUGCCCAUUACUUCACUUUUGCCAACAACAAAUUCACCGGUCCGAUCCCAAGAAGCAUUGGCCAAGCAUCCAAAACUCUUUAUGAAGUUCUCUUCCUUGGGAACAAGCUUUCAGGGUGUCUGCCAUACGAAAUUGGGUACCUUAACCAGGCCACCGUGUUCGAUGUAAGUUCCAACUACUUAACAGGCCCAAUACCAGCCUCGUUUGCUUGCUUGGCCAAGAUAGUGUAUCUAAACUUAGCCAAGAACAAGUUCUACGGACCCGUGCCUGAGAUGGUGUGCAAGUUGUCUACCCUGGGGAACUUGUCUUUGGCAGACAACUAUUUCACUGUGGUCGGUCCAGAGUGCCAGAAAUUGGUUAAUAGAAAGAUACUUGAUGUUAGUAAGAACUGCAUUUUGGGCCAACCAAAUCAGAGAACAAAGAUGGAAUGUGCUACUUUCUUCUCCAAGCCUAGAAAGUGUCCCAACGAGAAGGAGAUGACUUACAUUCCUUGUAAAAGGCCGUAUUCAGGUUCAAAUGAGAAGAAGACCGAUCAUCUGCCACGAGCUCCACUAUCAUAUGGUACUCUUAUACCACAUAGGCUUUGAUUUUCAUGCCGGAAUUGGACUCAUCGAAGCUGAGUGAUGAUGAGUUUUCUGGCAAUUAUGCAUAUACAGUUUAUUUCUAAAUGUUUGUAGCUACUUCAUAAUUUUAUGGAGAAAUGUAACGUAAUUUAUGUAGUCCUACUUAAGCAGAUGCCAAUCUAUAAAAUAAUGUUUUUAUAUGUCUUAAACGCAAUGAAUAAAUUCCAAAUUGAUUUA